AUGGGAGCCGGGACCCAGCCGUGCGACGAUGUUGCAAGCACUACCGCCAAAAUGGCAGUCGGGACCCCACCGUGCGACAAUGUUGAGAACACGCCCACCCCGAAAAAAGAAGACUGUCAGUCACUUCCGGUAACCACCACGUGCCGUCCACAGCCGCCAAAGCUCACGUUCCAAAUUCCGAUAUUGCAGCGGUGGCCAUUCCGCAAGCCGUCGGCUACACCAUGUCCGUCGACUUCUCCGUCUACACCAUGCCCGUCGACUUCUCCAUCUCCACCACCGCCGUCGUGUACACCAUGUUCAACGCCACCACCGUCUCCACCACCGCCUCCAUCUACACCAUGUCCGUUGUCACCUCCAUCCCCGCCGCCGCCGUCUACACCAUGCCCGUUGCCACCUCCGCCAACACUAUGUUCAUCGCCACGUCAGUCUCCACCACCGCCGCCGACAACUUCGUCUACACAAUGUCCGUCGCUACCUCCGACUCCACCACCGCCGCCGUCGACAACGUCGUCUACACCAUGUCCAUCACCACCUCCACCUCCACCUCCACCACCACCUCCACCGCCGCCGUCACCGACUUCCUUACUCACGACACUACCCCCGUGUACCACGACCACGGUCUGUCCCCCGUCAUUGGAUGUCAUCGACGAAGAGUCGAACGAGUUUCCGUGGAUGCUACCAAACGCGACGCCGCCGCCGGUUAGGAUUUGGACGGUGACCGCCACGACCACCAACCGCCCAAUUACGGCUUCCACCACAUGUCGUCGAUUGUCCAUGGCACGAACACGACCUCCACUAUUCGUGCCCAAGGUUGCACGUAAUCGUUACCUUCCUAGUACUUUAAGGUUUUAA